CUUUUAUUUUCUUUUUCUGUCUGACGCGGCUGGCAAGCUAAUAUAAAUGUCGGAUAAUCAGAGUUGGAAUUCGUCUGGCUCGGAGGAGGACUUGGACACGGAGUCUGGGCAGCCUGUUGAGCUCGGUGGGAUCCUCAGUAAGUGGACCAAUUACAUCCACGGGUGGCAGGACCGCUGGGUAGUGCUGAAGAACAACACGCUGAGCUAUUACAAGUCCGAGGACGAACGGGAGUAUGGCUGCAGGGGCUCGCUGUGCCUCAGCAAGGCUGUCAUUACGCCCCACGAGUUUGACGAGUGCCGCAUCGACAUCAGCGUGAACGACAGCGUCUGGUACCUGCGGGCCCAGGACCCCGAGCACCGGCAGCAGUGGAUCAACUCCAUCGAACUCCACAAGGCAGAGUCGGGUUAUGGCUCCGAGUCCAGCCUGCGACGCCACGGCUCCAUGCUGUCCCUCACCUCCGCAGCCAGUGGCUACUCGGCUACCUCAACGUCCUCUUUUAAGAAAGGGCACAGCUUGCGCGAGAAGCUGGCCGAGAUGGAGACCUUCCGGGACAUUCUGUGCAGGCAGGUGGACACGCUGCAGAAGUACUUCGACGCCUGCGCGGACGGCGUGUCCAAAGACGAGUUUCAGAGGGAUAAAGUUGUGGAGGACGACGAGGACGACUUUCCGAACACUCGUCCGGACGGCGACAACUUUCACAACAACAACGACAGCAAAGAGAAACUGUUAGCGACUGUGAGCCUGAGGGGAAUCAAUGGGAUCGACUUCAAAGGGGAGGCCAUCACCUUCAAGGCCACCACGGCUGGAAUCCUGUCCACGCUGUCUCACUGCAUCGACCUCAUGGUGAAGAGGGAGGACAGCUGGCAGAAGAGACUGGACAAGGAAAUGGAGAAGAGGAGACGAGUAGAGGAUGCUUAUAGGACUGCCACGGCAGAACUGAAAAAGAAAUCUCACUUUGGAGGCCCCGAUUAUGAAGAAGGUCCAAACAGUCUCAUCAAUGAAGACGAGUUCUUUGACGCUGUUGAAGCUGCCCUUGACAGGCAAGACAAGAUUGAGGAGCAGUGCCAGUCGGAGAAAUCCCGGAUACACCGGCCCACCCCCGAACCCCCAGGAGACGUGUACUGUGUCAUCGGCACUCACAGGUUCGCCCAGAAGCCCCAUACCUGCCCUUCCAUUGAUCUAGUCAUUGCUCCUGAUGCUCACAGAUUCAGCGCGCAGGUGGAGGAGAUGGUGCAGAACCACAUGACCUACUCUCUCCAGGAUGUGGGCGGGGACGCCAACUGGCAGCUGGUGGUGGAGGAGGGAGAGAUGAAGGUGUACCGGAGAGAGGUGGAGGAGAACGGGAUCGUUCUGGACCCCCUGAAGGCCACUCACUCGGUGAAGGGCGUGACCGGCCACGAGGUGUGCCACCACUUCUGGAACACGGAGGUCCGGAACGACUGGGAGACGACCAUCGAAAACUUCCACGUGGUGGAGACGCUGUCGGACAACGCGAUCAUCGUCUACCAGACGCACAAGAGGGUGUGGCCGGCCUCCCAGAGGGAUGUCCUCUACUUGUCAGCUAUCCGCAAGAUCCUGGCCAACAAUGAGAACGACCCCGAUACUUGGCUGGUCUGCAACUUUUCUGUGGAUCAUGACAGUGCCCUUCCCACAAACAAGUGUGUCCGUGCCAAGAUCAAUGUGGCCAUGAUCUGCCAGACCCUCGUCAGCCCACCAGAGGGCGACAAAGAGAUCAGCAGAGACAACAUCCUCUGCAAAAUCACCUACGUAGCUAAUGUGAACCCGGGCGGCUGGGCGCCCGCCUCGGUCCUCCGAGCAGUGGCCAAAAGGGAGUACCCCAAAUUCCUCAAGCGCUUCACCUCCUACGUCCAGGAGAAGACUGCCGGCAAGCCCAUCCUUUUCUGAGCCCUGCAGCAUCCCAGCGCCAUAGGCUGGACGUCCGACAUCACGCCAUGCGGAGAGUGAGCCCAGGCAGAGCACACAUUCCAGAGGCCCUGGGAACUCCCUCAGCGGGCAGAGGCUCCGCCCUGGCAUCCCUGCCCCGCCCCCAGCCCCACCCUCUGUCCUGCCCCCGGCCCCGCCUUUCCCCUGGGCUGUUCAGCCAUGCGCUGCCACGGUAGCAUCACUACCAGUGUGCCCUAAACAAGCUAUGGCUCACACAGGCCACGCCCCCUCCACGCUAGUUUGGAAUGGGGACGAAAUGUGGCUUUGAGUCUUAACCAGAAGCACACUAGUUAUCGCUGUAAUCCCGCUAUGUUGGCCAAAUGGAUUUAGUAUCGAUAGCCAAACAUAUUUGGUUUUGGUAGCCAAAAGUUUUGUUUUUGGUUUAUAGAGCCAAACGUCGUUUUGGUUUUGAUGGUCGAACGUCAUUUGGGUUUUUUUUGUUUUCUUUGUCGUAUGUUUGGUUUUGUCUACCGUUCAAACUUUAUUAAGCAAUUUUUGGGAGAUGAACCCUAAGCCCUUCCUUUUGUAAAUGUACAAUUGUAAUAAUUAUUAUUUUUAAUGGUUCUCGUUUUGUCCGUCAGUUUGCUUUAAUCACUGAUCUCAUGGCUUAUAUUAAUGCUGCUGAAUUUUCUAAAAAUUAGAAGAAAAAGAAAACAGUUGUUUUGCCUUCUGCUUAAAGAAUCAUCUUGCUAAUUGUUGAGGGCUCUUGUUGAGCUGUGACCUUGCCUUUUCGUCUCCUCUCUGGUGAAGACCGCUCACCGGCUCUGAUGGAGGGAGAGUUUGGAAAGCUUCCUGCAUUCUUUCAGAAUGAUCUAUAUUUCUACCUUGUUCGAGUUGUAGAUGCGUUAUGAAUCGGCCAAUCGAGUCUCGGGCCUUCGGUGCGGCUUGUGGAAAAACCCGCCGCACAGCCGGACGUCAGGGGUCCGCCCACCCCGUAGCCACCUGACAUAUUGCCAGCUCAUCAUUGGCUAUUUAACUGACACGUGCAGAAGCGUUCCUCCCCAUCGGCUGACCUGCUGGGAACGGCCGGGCUGCCGUUUGAGGAUUGCCUAAUUUGCAUAUCGUUUUAUAAAACACUCGCGUCUAUGUGUAUAGAUUCUGUAAAUGUUUUUUUUUGAGGGACUGUUCACACUUUGUAUGCCUCGGAGGUCGGAAUAUACAGGUUCUCUAUGGAAACCUGAUCAAUAGCAAGAGCUGUGUCUAAAUCCCAGGACAUACGAUCUGAAACUGGGUACUUCUAGUAAAAAGGUUCAGUCUGGAAGGAAAAGGAAAAAGUCUUUUUAGCUUUUAUGGCUUUGUUCUAAUUUGCAUUUAUAAAGUAAUUUGAAAGGGGGGGGUGACUUUUCAUUUGAUUUCUCACCUUAAGACAGAUUUUUCAUUCUUCAUUGUGAGUUUGCAAUCAGCAUGGGAAAGUCCAUGUAGCUAUAGAGCUCAGCUAGGUGUCUUAUAGCUCCAGUCAGCUUGUAAGCUGAAGGAACAAAGAGAAUGCUGAUCUCUCACUGAUCAGACAAGCGAUUUCCAAAACCUGAUGUUGAAAUAUACAAUCAGUCAAUCAAUUUGUGCAUUUAAAGAAAAACAAAAGGCAAGCUGUGGGAGUUUGGCAUGCCUGUGUUUAUAGAGUUCCUGUCAUUAUUCGCGUUUGCACUACGUGUAAUUAGGAAAUGUGAUGUCAGUAAAGUGAUCACACUAAACAAGCAGUCUGGAGCAAAUGGACCGUACUGUGAAAAUAUGGUACUGUACAGCCUCACACUUGAUUGGACGGGCCCUACCACGGCUUGACACGUGAUUGGACACACCCUACCCCGGUCUGACGCGUGAUUAAACAGGGCCUCGCCUCGGUCUCUCGUACGCACGUGCCCAGAUCCUGCAAGAACGGACUUUUGAGUCUGCAUAUUCCAAGCUAUUGCUCCCCGGUCGUCUCUCCUCUGAAACGGAGAGAAACAGCCGUAAUCUCAUCAAUUAAAGCCCUAACGUCCCUAAUCUCAGCAGUUAAACCCUUGUACCUGAACAACGUCCCGACAGCUCUGUCCUUCCCUUUUCAAAGUGCGCUUUGGAUAAUUCUGAAGUGUACAUUGGAGGGAUCUGAUGUAUAUAUUGGAUGGAUCUGAUGUACACAUUGGAUAGAUCUGAAGUGCACGUUUCCAAAUUGCACAUUGGAUAAAUUGAUUUACACAUCGGAUUGAUCUGAUGUACUACACAUUGGAUAAAUCUGAUUUACAUAUCGGAUAGAUCUAAUGUGCACAUUGGGUAGAUCUGAAAUACAUGUUUCUGAGGUGCACAUUGGAUAAAUCUAAUGUACACAUUGGAUAGAUCUGAUGUAUACAUUUCUCAUGUACACAUUGGAUGGAAGUAUGUUUUUGGGGAAUGUAUAGACUGUAAUGUUUUAUAGAAGAUUAUCAAAUUCUCAUUAAAUUCUGUACAAAACCUGUUUCAUGAUGGCAUCAAUCUGUACAAAAAAAGAGAAUCUGAUUCAAAACAUUGUAUAAUAACAAAAUAGAUUUUUUGUGAGCUUUUAGCUCUACUUUGUUCUCUAAUUGAACAGUAUUUAAAAUUAAAGGGUAUUAAAAAUGAA